UUUUUUGCAGAUUGAAGCAAACUCUGUGAACGUGCGACGCUCGUGCAACCAGUUUAACGAGACACGGACGAUGACAGAGGAAGACAAGAAGGAGAUCGGAGGAAGCAUUGGCUUUGAUGUAAUGAUGAUAGUUAGACUGUAGAGUAAAUGACAGAGCAGAAAGAUAGAGAGAGAACGCGAGAGAGAGAAAAAAGAUAGAUAGAGGGAAUUUUUGUUGUGAAGAAGGAUCAGAUUUGGUCUUUCCACUUUUUUCAUUGCUGAUGGAGAACACAGAGGUCAACAUAGAGCAUGGUGAGAACCCUCCACCAUACUACUUGGUGGUGAAUCCCAUUGAUCCGCCUCCUCCAUAUACCAUUAUCCAGCCAUUCCCUGAAGCUCCUCCAGUUGCUCCUCCAGCUCUUCCUCGAAUACUUGCUCCUCAAGUGCCUCAACGGGUUAUCACUACAACACAGCAAGACCAGCCAGACUUGAGGCAGAGCAGACUGGUGAUAACUCACCAUAAAAAAGCUCGCUACUACGGAGGCUCAGGAAGCACUGUCCUUAUACUAAUUCUCAUUGGACUUGCAAUCUGGCUGGGAGUGCGAUACGGCAUGGCAGUGUUGCUCAGAGUGAAUCCAGACACAUGUUCGCCCAAUACCGUCAACUGUGACGGACACACCGACUGCAAACUGGGCAGCGAUGAGACCAUCUGCGUGAGGUUCGGUGAAGGAAAUGAACUGCAGGUCAAGACCUCGAACUCAAGCGCCUUCCUUCCUAUCUGCUUUGCUGACUUUAAUCAGAACCUGGCUACUCAGACCUGUCAACAGCUCGGGUUCAGAGGAAGUUACCAAUAUGGAGCCUUAACGUCGACAUCGCCAUUUUUUCUGUUUGUGACCUCUUCAUCCUCGGACACCAUACAGGGAAAGGUUAAUGUCGGCUCAUCAUGUCCGGGUCAAAAAACAACGUUUCUAGAAUGUAGUGACUGUGGGCGUCCACACACCAGCGGGCGGAUCACUGGAGGAAAUGUGGCACCUCAGGGUCAGUGGCCAUGGCAGGCCAGCCUGCACUUCCAGGGUUCUCAUGUGUGUGGAGGGACGGUGGUGUCGCAGGAUUUCAUAGUGACCGCUGCACACUGCUUUCCCAGUGACCCUCCUGCCUGGCAGGUGGCUGCUAAUUGGCGUGUGUAUCUGGGUGUGGACACUCAGUACAUUCUCCCACCUGCACACUAUAUAGCUGACAUCAUCAUACACGAGUCCUACAAUCCAAACACACAUGACAACGACAUCGCGCUGCUCAAGCUCACCCAGCCCAUCAACUUCACCAGUGCAGUCCUGCCCGUGUGUCUCCCUGCGUAUGAUCAGGUUAUUUAUGCAGGCACACAAUGCUGGACUACAGGUUUUGGAACAACACAGGAAGGAGAAGCCCUUGGUUCCAGUCACCUGAUGGAGGUAGCAGUAGAUGUUUUCGACAAAUCUUUGUGUAACGACGCAUACAAAGGACUAAUUUCUGAUGACAUGCUGUGUGCAGGGGAUUUGAACGGGGGGAAAGAUGCCUGCCAGGGUGACAGUGGGGGUCCUUUAGUGUGUCAGGAAGAAGAUGGACGUUGGUAUCUCUAUGGAGUGACCAGUUGGGGAAUCGGGUGCGGUCGAGUGAACAAGCCGGGCGUCUACAGCAACGUGCACAACCUUUUACAGUGGAUCCACAGCAAGAUGGCGCAAGAUAAGCCCUGACACAGUCACGGCUGUCUGAUCGCACUUUACUUCUGCUGCAGUGGGAUGCGUGAGGCUCUGUCUACCCCGGGGUCACCAGGCAUCUUCACCUCCACCGUUUUAGGAUUUUGAUCACCAUUUAUCCAUAGCAUUUGGUUGUCAGGUUUAUUAUUGUAUCUCCUGCUUGUGAGCCACCGCCCACCUGAUUGCACUUUGAUUGACAGGUGGCCUGAUCUCCUCUGAUUGGAUAAGAAACAAUAUUUUUAGAAUAGCAUGGAUCGUUUUUUGGAUCUGCCAUCGACUUCCACGAUUCUACACUUCCACUUUUGGUCCAGUUUCACUCUGGGCUCCAUCUUUUUAUCUAAAUCCCAUCCUGAAUUGGCAUUCAGGCAUUUUUGCGGUGCAGUAGCAUCAUUAGCGCUGUGCACUCAACACCAAAUAAAGAAUUUAAAGGCUUGUGACCCGAA